CACAUUGACAGAUAAAAAUAAUCAUAUACAGAAAGUGACACAUCAUUGCACAUCAAAGAAGAAUAGAAACCCAAACCCACCUGCAUCCCAACCUAACGGUCCUCCCCUUCAACCCAAACCCUUCUUCCCAAUCCCACCACUUUCCCACUUCCCAAUUCCCAUUCUCCAAUCCCCCCCCCCCAACGUCCUCGAUCCUCGUAAUGCACUGGGUUGGAUUCGUUUUGGGCAUCCGACCCGAGCGGGGGAAUGAUCCGAGAGACUAGAAUUCCUUGAUUCAGGGCCUGAUUUGGGUUCGAUUGGAGAUGAGUACGCCAAGGCAGCUUGUGAAUGUCCGUGACCUUGUUGAGGAAGCCAAGAAGCGAAUUGUCUUCCUCGCCGUUUGCGUCGUUGGCCUCUCAUAUCUCAUGUCCUCUUAGUGUUGUUGUUGUUUUUAUUUCAGUGACAAGCUCCAAUGUUUUGGUCAACUUGCCUGCUGCUGCUUCCUUGAUUGUAAUCCUUCGCUACUUAUCUCUGGAUUAUGAAAUGCGAAGAAAAGCCGCAGCAUACAACAAUAAACCACCCCCAGCAAAUAAUGCUUUCCAAACCAAACCAGUUCCAUUGCCUAACACUGUUGGAAAGUCUGAGUGGAGAAGAAAAGUUAAUUCUCCUGUUGUUGAGAAAGCUAUAGAACACUUUACCAGGCAUCUAGUUUCUGAGUUUGUGACAGAUCUAUGGUAUUCUCGUCUAACACCAGAUAAACAAGGUCCAGAGGAACUGGUGUGCAUUAUCAAUAGUGUCCUUGGGGAACUUUCAGCACGCGUGAGGAAUAUAAAUCUGAUUGAUCUUCUCACAAGGGACCUUAUCAAUCUCAUAUGCUCUCACUUGGAACUUUUUCGCAUAACACAAGCAAAGAUUCCAAAGCAACAAUCAGAAUUGAUGACAAUUGAAAAACGAGAUAUGGAAUUAAGACUCGUCUUGGAUGCUGAAAACAAAUUGCACCCUGCUCUAUUUUCUGCUGAAGCUGAGCACAAGGUUUUGCAGCAUCUGAUGGAUGGCCUUAUUUCUCUCACAUUCAAGCGUGAAGAUCUGCAGUGCACUUUGUUCCGUUAUAUUGUCAGAGAGCUUCUUGCUUGUGCAGUAAUGCGUCCUGUCCUAAACUUGGCUAGUCCAAGGUUUAUUAAUGAAAGAAUUGAACAGUUGGUCAUAAAGAUGAACGAAUCUAAAGGUGUUACCACGGGACAAAAGGAAUUUCUAUCCAAACAAGAGGAGUCGUCGAGUAUUUCAUCCGAUCACUUCUCUAGGUACUUAGACCCUUCUGUUACAGGUGUUGAACUUGUGCAAUUGAAAAAUGGACAGUCCAGAACUUCUGCAGACAGACAUGCAGCAGAAAAUGUGAAUGGAUCAAAAGACCCAUUGCUUUCGAUUGAUACUCCAUCUUCUCGUCCAUGGAACUCAUUGCGAAUGAACUCCCAAAGUAUCAAUGAAAGGGUUGUAGAACAGCAUAACUCAGGAGGAGAAUGGGGAGACAUGUUAGAUCUGGUAUCUCGCAGAAAGACUCAAGCCCUUGCUCCUGAAAAUUUUGAAAAUAUGUGGGCAAAAGGGAGAAAUUACAGAAAGAAGGAAGGUGAAAAUUCGAUAUCGGCGCAAGUCCCAAAGGGUUCUUCCGGAGGGAAGUCGAUUGCAGGGGAUCAUACUAGGGAAAAAUCUAAUCCCACCGAUAAGCAAAAUGUAUCUAAGCUCAAUCUGACCUCUCAGUCAGGAUCUACCAAUCAGGUUAAAGUAAACAACUCUUUCCGCCCGGAAGGUCAAAACAUACCGAAUCGCUCUCCAGGUCCUUUGUAUGAGGAAGAUGAUCAACACAGUCCUUUGAGGUUGGUGGAGACCGACUCAGGAAGCAGUACUUCUUAUACUUCUGAAGAUCAAGAAAGUGACGGUGCAACAGGUCUUGAUUCUCCUGGAACUAAAGUUUGGGAUGGUAGAAGUAAUAGAGGUAUGACUGUAUCUCACAUCCAUCACCCACUUGAAAAUUCUGAACGUCAUAUUGCAAAAAAGACUGGUAAAGGGAAUCAGCGCUUUCAAAGGUCUAGGCUGAAAAAAUCUAAACCAAGCAAUAAGAAGUUGCCUGUUUGGCAAGAGGUUGAGAGAACAAGCUUCUUGUCUGGAGAUGGGCAGGACAUACUCAAAUCUUUAAAAGGGCAUGCCCAUAUUGAGGACUCCAGCGAUGAUUCUGAAAAUGAAAAUUUUGGUAGAAUUAACAGUGGAGCAGCCACUUCUUCAUCUGCACCAUCUGUAUCUGAUAAUUCCCUGAAAAAUUCUUUGGCAGUGGAUUCUUUUUUCAAGUUGAAAUGUGAGGUAUUGGGUGCAAAUAUUGUCAAGAGUGACUGUAAAACAUUUGCUGUAUAUUCCAUAUCUGUGACGGAUGUAAAUAACAAUAGUUGGUCAAUCAAAAGAAGAUUUCGCCAUUUUGAGGAGCUACAUCGGCGUUUAAAAGAGUUUCCUCAGUAUAACCUUCAUUUGCCACCAAAGCAUUUUCUGUCAAGUGGUUUGGAUUUACUUGUUGUUCAAGAAAGAUGUAAAUUGCUUGACAAAUACUUAAAGGAGCUUAUGCAGCUUCCAACAAUCUCAGGGUCCAUUGAAGUUUGGGACUUCUUAAGUGUCGACUCCCAGACUUAUUUAUUUACAAAUUCAUUUUCUAUAAUCGAAACACUGUCAGUUGGCCUAGAUGAUAAGCCAUCUGAAAAGAGUAAAAAGGCUUUAAAUUUCGGUGAGCCUGUGAUUGAUCCAUUUUCCUUGAAGAGGGAACAAAUUGGCAUUGGAAUUAAGGAUUCUACUUUACAAGUGAAGAAUAAUGCUGUUGGAGAUGGGCUAAGAUUAAAUGCAAAAGGCUCUUCUUCUCCGGUCCAAAAUCCUGGCAAAGAUUUUGGAAAGCCACUCAAUACUCCUGGCACAUGUUCAAGCACUGGAGGACAAAAACAGGCAUCUUCUCUCAUGAACUCAGGAAAGACUUCAAAAGGAAGGGAGGAACAGGAAUCUGAAUUGUUUCUUGAUGCUUCUACAGACCCUACCCUUCCUAUGGAGUGGGUGCCUCCAAAUGUAAGUGUUCCGAUAUUAGAUUUGGUAGAUGUCAUUUUUCAGCUCCAAGAUGGUGGAUGGAUCAGGCGCAAGGCUUUUUGGGUGGCCAAACAAAUACUACAACUAGGGAUGGGUGACGCCUUUGAUGACUGGUUAAUUGAGAAAAUCCAGCUUUUGCGUAAGGGAUCGAUUGUUGCUUCUGGGAUUAAGCGAAUUGAGCAGAUACUCUGGCCUGAUGGAAUAUUUAUAAGCAAGCAUCCAAAGCGACGACCGCAGCCAUCUACAAAUUUACCCCAAAAUUCACCUCAGGGUCAGAGACCCAUAGCAAUAUCAUCCCCUAGACUCGAUGAGCACCAGCAACAGGAAGCAGAUCGACGUGCAAAGUUUGUUUAUGAAUUAAUGAUUGAUAACGCACCAACUGCUAUUGUCAGUCUUGUUGGUACCAAGGAGUAUGACAAAUGUGCCAAGGAUCUCUAUUACUUUCUUCAGUCAUCUGUUUGCUUAAAGCAACUGGCUUUUGACCUUCUCGAGCUACUGCUUUCAUCUGCAUUUCCAGAGAUGGAACAUGUAUUUAAGCAGGUGCAUGAAGAAAAACAUAGGUUUGGUGAGUUCAAAGCACAAUAGUGGUGGGAGUAUAGUUCAAUUUUUGAGACAAAAUACAAGCAUGGAUCUACUUGGUAUGACAACAUGAUUCUGUUGUCUGCUUAGUUCAUUUUGAAGGCGGUUUUAUACGUUUCAUUUGUAUUGGCGACCAAAGAAUCAAUUCGUUCUUGUCUGAAUUUUGUAAGUAGCUCUUAGUUAGCUCCUUGAGGAAAUUCAAUGUAAAUCUUCAGAUUAGUGAAAUAUUAAUACGAAUUUCCAUCUUUUUUUGCCCGGUAAUAAUACAAAGUUCCUCUCUUUACCUUA